AUGGAUCAAAAAGCCACCGCACUCAUGAAACUCGUAUACCUCGAAAUGUUCGGGCACGACAUGUCGUGGGCAUCCUUCAACGUCCUCGAAGUCAUGUCUUCGGGCAAAUACCUGCAGAAAAGAGUCGGAUACCUGGCUGCGGUACAGAGUUUCCGGCCAGAUACAGAAGUCCUGAUGCUCGCGGAGAAUCUUUUGAAGAAGGAUCUCAAUUCUCCGGAUAAGAUUACUCUUCAGCUUCCACUCGGCGCCAUCCCGCAUGUUAUCAACCCCAGUAUGGCGAAUUCUUUGCUUACGGAUUUACUCCCGAGACUCAGUCAUUCGAACCCCACGAUUCGGAAAAAGACGAUUGUCACGCUGUAUCGGCUUGCGCUCGUAUAUCCUGAGACGUUGAGACCUGCGUGGCCGAAGAUUAAAGAGAGGUUGUUGGAUGAGAAUGAGGAUGCCAGUGUCACGGCGGCGAUUGUGAAUGUUGUGUGUGAACUGGGUUGGCGGAGACCUCAUGACUUCUUACCUCUCGCGCCGAGAUUGUUUGAGCUGCUCACUGCUGGGGGAAAUAAUUGGAUGGCGAUCAAAAUUAUUAAGCUCUUUUCCGUCCUGACGACGUUAGAGCCGCGAUUGGUGAAGAAGUUGCUUCCGCCUUUGACCAGCUUGAUCAAGACUACGCCGGCGAUGAGUUUGUUGUAUGAGUGUAUCAAUGGGAUUAUUCAGGGUGGGAUUAUGGAGGCGGCAGGGGGAAUGACGGAUGGGGAUGAGAUUGCGAGGCUUUGUGUCAGUAAGUUGAGGGCGAUGCUGGUGAUAGAGGGAGAUCCGAAUUUGCGAUAUGUUGCGCUUCUGGCUCUGGCGAAACUUACGACUACGCAUGCGGAGCUUGUGGCUCAGCAUCAAGACGUCAUUCUGGAGUGUAUUGAUGACGCGGAUAUUUCGAUCCGCACACGAGCUUUGGAUCUUGCUGUUGGUAUGAUCAAUGCGGGCAAUUUGCAGACGGUUGUGGAGAGGUUGUUGAAACAGCUUAGGACUGCUGGGAAGGCCAGCGUGGACGAUGAGCCGGAGAAUGAUCGUGGCACGCAUGAGGGUAUUGUUCCGAUGGCGAUGGACGACGAUGAUAUGCAAGCGACUGUGAGGCCGAAGCAAGCCAAGUCUACGCAUGCGCCGCCUCUGCCAGACGAUUACAGGAGUUCAGUAAUCGAACGCAUCCUCGAUAUGUGUUCGCGCGAUACUUACGCCAACAUGAGUGAUUUUGAGUGGUAUAUUGGAGUGCUUGUGGAGUUGGUGAGGCAAUGUCCUUGCUCUGCCUCUGGCAAGUUCGGGUCGAGCGAUACUUCGAGCAUGGCAGAUGGCAUUGGCUCGGAGCUGCUGAAUGUCUCGGUCAGAGUCAAAGCUGUUCGACCUGAAGCUGCUGCUGCUGCGCAGUCGCUUCUCCUUAUCGAUCAGCGCGAGAAGCUUUUCCCGGCUGGAGGUACUAGUGGCCAAGGCGUCCUGGCAGCUGCUGCAUUCAUCGCAGGCGAAUUUGCGAAUAUGCUACCCGACGCAGAAGCUGUCUUGACUUCUCUGACUCAUCCAUCGAGCGCGACAUUGCCUGCGGAAGCACUUGCGAGCUAUCUCCAAGCCAUUCCGAAGAUCUUUGCGGCAUUGACUGGAAGUCAGCAGUCGACUUGGAAUACGGCGAUCAAGUCGCAGACUACCCUGCUGACGGCGCGAAUAACGCACUUCUUGGAGCCUUUGACUCUGCAUCCGAAUUUGGAGGUGCAGGAGCGCGCAGUGGAAUAUCUUGAUCUGAUGAGAUUGGCGUCGGAAGCUGCGUCAAAUCAGGACGUUGAUGCGGACGGUGGCUAUGCUGAACCGCCUUUGCUGCUCACGCAAGCGAUACCAGCACUCUUUGCAGGCAUGGAGUUGAACCCCGUCGCCGCUUCAGCGAUACGUAAAGUGCCGCAACCCGAAGAACUCGACCUUGACACCCCCAUCAACAGCAGUCUACAGAUGAUUCUGAGCCAGGCAGAAUACGAUACAGAUUAUGAAGAUGAUAACGACGAAGUAUACAGAUUUUAUCACGAGAAGCCAUCGACGGCGGUAGUGGAGAAGCAGCGACCAGCAGCAGAAUUUUUGGAGGCGUCUUAUCAAGGCUCUGAAGAGGACGUCGAUCGCGAAUCCCUCCUUCGCAAGAAAGCCGAGAGACGGGAAAGAUACAAAGACGACCCAUACUACAUCGACUCAGAGCGCGGAUCCGGAACUUCCACCCCAAUGCACAGCAUCCUCCGCAACGCGAACGGCACUGAUUUAGACGUAGAUUCCAUCCCAGUCAUGGAACUCAAACUCGACCCUCCAUCUGCCCGCCCACGCUCAAGCACCCCCCAACCCACACGAAACCCCAGAAAACACUUUGAAAUCGCCGCAGACGAAACUCUAGGCGGCGACGGUGACGAUGCACCAUCCCUCUCAUCAAGUCUCCCCAAACCCCGAGGCGCAGGCGCGAAAUCCCUUUUGCAAGUCGAUAGUAGUGCUCUUUCUUCCCUCUCCCUUCACGAUCAAAGUGGGAAUCCUCGUCAUCAUAGACUUGACUUCGAAGAGCAGGAGGAAAUGGCGAAAGCUAUUAAGGAGGUGGAACGAUUGAGGUUGGAAAUGCAGAGGGCGAAGGAGAGGAUUGGGGAGCCGGAGGAGGUGGGGGUUGUUGUUAAGAGGGGGAGGAGGAGGAAGGUUAAGAGUGUUGUGCUUGGGGAGGAUGGCGGAGAGAGGGAGGAGGAGGGUAGAGGAGAGGGGGUUGGGGAAAAGAAGAAGAUGAGGAAGAAGAAGAAGAGGAAAGAGGGACGGGAUGGGGGAGAGGGUGCUGGGAUGGAGGAGGUCAAGGAGGAGGUCAAGGAGGAGGUCAAGGAGGAGGAGGAGGAGUCGAGUAAGGGGAAGGUUAAGAGGAAGAAGAAGAGGCAGGUUGUUUUUGAUGGGGAUUAGAUAUAUUUAGGGAGAAGGGAGGUAGAGAGGUAGGUGGAAUUUGAAUUGAAGAAGCGCCUGC